GGGUAUUACUUCCCACGGCUGCAGUGUGACCACAAUUUGGCUCUGACCUUUACAGCAAGGCGGAAAGCUUCAAAGGUGUCAAACGUUCAGCAAGCAACCUUUACAUGUUAUAAUCGCCUGAGCGAGCGUGACGGAGAACUACUUUCAAAACUACUUGACAGCGGGGCAUUAGCGGUCAGAUGUAAAGCUCGAGCACUGCCAGAGACACAGCCUGUCUCUAGAGGUACGUCACAGUUUGGCAGUGACUAACUACUUUACACAGGAGGGUCUCUUGUGCGCUUAUAUGAUAUCAUGCACCAUGUAUUAUGUUCUUCACUCGUGACAAUAAUUCUUCAAGCAUCAUCCGCCAUCCGCAAAUCAUCUCCAUCUCACAACAAGACGAGUGCUUUCUCUUCUUUAGGUUAGCAUGUUCCAAAAAUAUCCCCUGAUGAGCUAGAGCGCUGAUGACACUAAGGCUCUAUAAAGUUGGGCCCUCGUAUUGUCCUCAUCUCGUACGUUCCCAAGCCAUCCAGGUUGUUCUCGCCAUGGUCUCAACAGGCAUUCCGCUAGAUACCGCUACUAUAAUUUCAACAGCGCUGGAAGCCAUCUUGUUUGGCUUUUCAGUUCUCAUGUUCAUGGGUACAAUGUGGGCUUCGAUCCACUACAAACGUGACGCAAAUCGCCCGAUCGCUUUGGCAGCAAUCUUGCUGUUGAUAUUAAGCACUGCACACUUGAUCGUAGAUAUCAUUCGUCUCGAAGAUGGGUUUGUCAAGUAUCGUGACGUCUUUCCUGGUGGACCAGUUGCGUUCUUCCAAGAUAUCAGCCAACCAACAUUUGUGACAAAGAACUUGAUAUACGCCUUGCAAACUAUGAUUGGCGAUGGGGUGGUGAUUUAUCGCUGUUAUGUCGUUUGGCAAUCCGUUUGGGUAAUCAUCCUACCAAGCAUGCUGUGGUGCGGCUCCUCAGUGGCUGCUUUAAUCGCACCCUACUACGCUUCGCAGGCAACUGGCGGAAACAUCUACACCAAUCAGACUGGACAAUGGGUCACGGCGUUGUUUACCUUGACACUUUCAACCAAUCUGAUAAGUUCAGGAUUACUUGUGUAUCGCAUCUGGACUGUGGAACGUAAAGUCUCUCGAAACCGCGCUACGGAUGGCACCAUGAUGCCCAUCGUGCACGUGCUUAUAGAUGCCGCUAUCUUGUACUCUGCAGCCCUGGUGACCAUACUAAUAUGUUUCAUCUGCGCGAACAACGCCCAGUAUAUUAUGCUGGACAUGAUCAUGCCGAUCAUUUCGAUUGCCUUCUACAUGGUGUUGAUCCGCCUUACACCCUGGAAAACUAAUCCAAAUUUCCUCCCGAUGGCUUAUAGCGGGGAAAUCGAAAGAAGGAGUUCGCAUCGAUAUCCUAUGAAGCCUUCGCAGGUUCAUGUAUCUCAGUGGACGCAGAAUGACGGUAUAGAGGAGGAAGUGAAAAUAGAAACAAUGGAUUCUACGGAAGUUUGCAAUGUGCCCGAAGGUGAAGGGCAACAGCUCUAGUUUUUUUUUCGGGUUCCAGAUGCAGAUCAUUUCCAGCCUCGCUCAAUACUUAUUGUACCUCACGCAAAUCUUCGGUCCUGAACAAAGCUGCACCUAUGUAAACAACAUGACUCCUGACAGCCAUUGCCAGACCUUUGUUUCUCGUUAUAAAAGAAUAUUGUCUUCUAUCAAGCCUUUUCACGGGGUGCCCAAUCACACGCCCAACCCGAAUAUAUACACCUCCGUUGAGAACGAUUACUAGUUGUUGAUGCAGGGGACAAGAAUUUGUCGACUAUUAUCAUUCAAUCAGCAAUUAAUAAUCAGCCGCAUCGUCUUUUUGCUUUCAAACUUUCCUUUUCAUAUCGCCUGGCGGCUAAA